AUUCGUUGCAAUCGGAACACAACGUUUUCCCUUCCAGUACAGCUCUCCCGUCUUCUCACAGAAACCUUAUGCAAGGGACGGCUAUCAUGAAGACGAGUAGCGUGGUUUUGUCUGUCGAUCAAGGUAUCUAGGUAGCCUGCCUGCAUGAAGACCGGUGUUCAACAACUGUACGUCACACACACUAUCGGGGACUUCUCGCCCUCUUGUUUGCCGGUGGCGCUUGUCCCCCAGAUACUGUGGUGACUACCGUUGUCGUUCUGAGAUUAUACGGUUGAACUUGAUCUGGAUAAUUCCAGCGAAAGGACUCAUGCGCGCUUUCUUUUCUUUGUACCUCCCGCUUCUCCGGACGUAUACUGACAGACUGUAUUAGGAUGUCUUCGCCGCAAUCAGUCCCCGCCCUAGGGCAGUCUUCUGAAAAGGAGAUCUCCAGGAUUCGUUCCAGAGAAGACCCCUCUUUCUUCCCCGGAAAUGGCGAAGAAAAGAAUGUCAGGUCGCCGAGUGGGCCGUUUGUCUCGUCGCGGAUGGCUGCAUAUCUUAGGCGAUUCGAAGCGCAGCUCGUGGAGUACAACCUAGAGGCCCGUGGUAUAGAGCGGGUGGGGGAGCAUGAACGGAUGUCCAAGUUGACUUGGGUUUCCUACUUGCAGGCUUUCUUGCUUUGGGUCUCGAUCAACUUGGCGGCCAACAACAUCACCCUGGGUAUGCUAGGACCUGCUACCUACGGACUUAGUUUUAUUGACUCAGCACUUUGCGGGGUAUUCGGAGCUCUAGUAGGUGCUGUGGUUUCCUCGUGGAUGGCCACAUGGGGACCCCUAUCCGGUAUUCGGACCAUGGCAUUUGGACGCUACUCAAUGGGUUGGUGGCCGAGUAAGCUCAUCGUCAUUUUGAAUCUGAUCCAAAUGUUGGGAUAUGGCUUGAUCGACUGUGUUGUCGGCGGACAGCUCUUGUCCGCUGUUUCACCACAUGGACACAUGUCUGUCGCUGUGGGUAUCGUGAUUAUCGCCAUCAUUAGUUGGGUCAUCGCCACGUUCGGUAUUCAGAUCUUCCAUUACUAUGAACGCUUUGCUUUCCUCCCUCAGCUUAUUGUCUUUUGCAUACUAUUCGGAAUGUCGGGAACGAAAUAUGAUCUGUCUACGCCAUCUACAGGUGAUGCUCGCACAGUAGCUGGGAACCGCCUGUCCUUCUUCUCCAUCUGUCUCAGUGCCGCGAUUACAUAUGCGCCGCUGGCAGCAGACUUCUUUGUCUACUAUCCUCAAAACACUUCGAAGAGGGCGCUGUUCUUCCUCUCCUUGGGUGGCCUGAUGACCUCUUUUACCAUGGCAUUCGUAUGCGGUAUCGGACUCGCAUCGGGCAUGACCACCGACCCAGCAUACAGUCAAGCAUAUUCCAACGGCGCCGGGGCACUCAUCGUCGAAGGGUUCAGUCCGCUCAACGGAUUCGGCAAGUUCUGUGCUGUCGUCGUCGCACUUGGUCUCAUCGCAAACACCAUCCCACCCACCUAUUCCGCUGGCGUGGAUUUCCAGAUCCUCGGACGAUACGCAGAAAAGGUGCCUCGAGCGAUCUGGAAUGCCAUUGGGGUUAUCAUUUACACCGUGUGUGCCUUGGUGGGUCGGAGCAACCUCUCCGACAUCUUCACCAACUUCCUUGCGCUCAUGGGCUACUGGGUCGCGAUCUGGAUGGCGAUCAUUCUGGAAGAUCGAUUCAUCUUCCGCUCCCGCAGUGGCUACAACUGGAACGCUUGGAAUGACCCGUCCAAACUGCCCAUAGGCAUUGCCGCUUUCCUUGCCUUCUUGAUCGGCUGGGCUGGAGCGAUUUUGUGCAUGGCGCAAGUGUGGUAUAUCGGACCUCUUGCACGAUUGGUUGGUGCAUAUGGUGCAGAUAUGGGCAAUUACGUCGGCUUUUCAUGGACGUGUCUGGUCUAUCCGCCUCUUCGAUACCUCGAGCUCCGUUUUCUCGGACGGUAAGGAGAUGCCAGUCACAUGCACCUUGUUGCGACCUAUCGGAGUGAACUUUUGGUGCUCUCAUCGAGUACUUAGUUUUAUCCACCGAAGAACAAAGGAACUCUCCCCUCACUGCGGAGUAGUCUUGUAAAGUGUACACUUAGAUUAGAUGCACAUACGCUGGCCGGACAUACUACAUAUUCAUCCUCUUGCCCCCAGCACAUGUACAAAUAGAACGCAAGAAAGAAUACAUCUUUACAAAUACACCCAUCA